AUGCCACCUAAGACCCCCAGGUCCCUCCUGGGGGGUUCAAUGUUAACCAGUCGCAGCACGGGCAAUAAAGACUCGCUCUCUAGACCGAGUACCUCGUCGCGACCCUCCACCUCCCUCUCCUCGCGUCCCGGCACGUCGUCUCGCAAGUCCGGAGCGUCGAGCUUAAAUUUUGUGGAGAGUGAGUUUGACGCGAUUGUGCAGGAGUUUUCCCGGUCGAAAUCGACGGGCUCUAAAGGGGUUUCGGCACCGAUGGGGACGAAAGGAGUUUCGGCUGCGAGAAAAACGGCGGAGGGGAGGAAAGAUGGGGGAGGGGUGGUUGGGGAGGAGGGAGAAGGAGAUGUGGGAGAGGAGGGUGAGGAAGAGGGGGAGGGAGAGGAGGAAGUGCGGGCGUAUGGGAAGGAACCGGUGCUGAGAGGUGAGGGGAAGGAGGGGAAGGGGGAGGGGAAGGGGGAGGGGAAGGGGGAAGGGAAAGGGGAGGGGAAGGGGGAUUGGAAAGCGUCAGCAGGAGGGGCGGCUGGCCGUGCGGCAACAGCAAUGGCAGCCGCGUUUCGAGAAACGUCUCAAAUGGCUGUAGCAUCUGCGGCUGUGGCGUCAGCAGCUGUAGCAUCGGCUUCGUUUGCGCCACCCCCGUCACCCCGCGUGCUUCUAUCGAGGGUGGAGAAGCUAUGGAAAAACUCGGGGAAAUGGGCACAUGGGAAAGGAGGAGGAGCAGGUGGUGGUGACUCUUCCGAAGUCCUUGUAAUAUCUCAUGAGGGGGAAGAAGAGACGGAUCCGGUGGAAAUGCUAAGGCGGGUGGAAGAGGAGCAGAAGAAGAGGGGGACCGUGGGGGCACAAGGGUGGGGGGCGAUUGGGCAUUUGAAUGCGGAUGAUAGGAGGAUGUUUUGGAGGCCUUCUUUGCCGCGGUUGGAAGAAGGUGAGAUGGAUGAGGAGAUUGUGUCGGACUCUGAAAAGACGCCCAAAGACCGUAGGUCAAAAUCGUCUUUAGUUUGA